AUGGGUUUUUUCUCCAAAGUGUCCAACUUUUUUUAUGAUGCUGGAACCAUGUCUUGGGAUGUCAUCCUCACACUUCUCAACCUCGUAGAGAGGAAGCGUCGCAUCGGCAAUGUCACUCCCGAGGGCCACCCAGGCCACGGAGGGCACUGGCCCGAGUUUAGGCCUCCCCAGAAAGGCGACUCCCGCUGCUCGUGUCCCGGACUCAAUGCGCUAGCCAACCAUGGCAUCAUCUCGCGCAGUGGUCGUGACAUAUCAUUCGUCGACCUUGAUCGCCAUGUCAUGGGAACCUACAACAUCAGUUCUACUUUAUCCUCAUUUGUUGCUCAUUAUGCUGCUCGCAUGCUUAACAAAAGCUUCAGCAACGGUACUCUUGAUUUAGAAGAACUCGACGUGCACAAUGGUAUUGAACACGACGCAUCUCUCUUACGCCUCGAUGCUGCUUUCCAAUCAGACCAAUCGACGAAGCACGUACCUUACAUCGAGGAGCUACUUUCGGCAGCUUCCGGCAAGGACAAGGACGGCAAUGAUGUUGUUAUCAUCAAGGAUCUCUCCAAGUUGCUCGGCAAGCGUCGUGCAGUGUCGCGUGCAGUAAACAAGGAAUUUAAGCUUAAAACUUUCCACAAGUUAUUUGGUUGCGCAAAUGCUUCGCUGUUACUCUCAACCAUGGGAGGUCGUGUAGAUGACCUGCACAGUUUCCUUCUUCAUGAACAGCUUCCAGAUGGCUGGGAGUCGCGCGUCCGCCAAUCUCACGGACUGACCCUGAUAAACUUCAACAAGCUAGCACUGACAAUCGAGUGCGGUGUGCGCGAGAAGGAUUGGGCGCAAGUGGCACAGGAGGCUGCA